AUGAAGAUGGUUUCAAAAGCCAUUGCAAAUAGGAUUAAAAGUUUGCUGCCCGAAAUCAUUCAUAUUGAACAAAGUACUUUUGUGGGGGGUAGGUUAAUAUCAAAUAAUGUUUUCGUGGCCAUGGAGUGUUUCCAUUGGAUGAAGAAGAAGAAAGGGAAGAAAGGAGUGAUGGCUCUAAAGUUGGACAUGGCUAAGGCGUACGAUAGAGUCGAAUGGAGCUUUGUUGAAGGGGUCCUUAGGGUGGCUAGGAGAGCCCCAAGUAUUUCUCAUUUGCUUUUCGCGGAUGAUAGCCUCUUGUUUGCUAGAGCCAACUUACUGGAAGCAGGGAAGGUGAUGGAUGUUUUGGCUACGUACCAAAAGUCUUCGGGAAAAAUGGUGAACCUCGACAAGUCAGAAGCCUCUUUUAGUUGA